UCUGUAGGUGAAUAAUGGAAGGGUGCAGCAGGUUUCCCCCCGAUCUCCAGUAAAGUGGAGCAGCAGAAGAUCCAGCUCUGAUAAGCAGCAGCUCCACACCUCUGUACUCAGACUGCUCUACCGGAGGAACGCCGUCAGCUUACCUGCUGCAGAACUGAAUGCUAUGUUGUUCCAAGUCAUCUUCUGAUACCAGUGUCAACAUUACUAACUGGAGGAAGUUUAGCUGCAAAAAUGCAAUCAGAAGAUUUCACCAAAUAUUCCAUGCUGCUGAACGAAGGGGAGAACAUGGCAUCCAGAGAAAUCUCAGAUACUCAGCAAACACCCUCUCCUACACCUCACAGCCACAUGCAAGAAAGUACAGGCAAGAAGAAAACUCACCUCUGCUCAGACUGUGGGAGCAGUUUUAUUAGUCUGAGUUCUCUCCAAAAUCACAAGCGCAUUCACACAGGAGAGAAACCGUUUCACUGCACAGACUGUGGGAAAAGUUUUAGUCAGAAGAGUACCCUUAAAACACACCAGCACAUUCACACUGGAGAAAAACCGUAUCACUGCUCAGUGUGUGAGAAAAGUUUUAAUCUGCUGAGUACACUUAAAUCACACCAGCUCACUCACACUGGAGAGAAACCAUAUCACUGCACAGACUGUGAGAAAAGUUUUAAUCAGCUGAGUACCCUUAAAAGACACCAGCACAUUCACACUGGAGAAAAACCGUAUCACUGCUCAGAGUGUGGGAUGGAUUUUACUCACAAGAGCUAUCUCCAAAAACACCAGCGCAUUCACACAGAAUAUAAACUAUGUUACUGCUCAGACUGUGGAAGGAGUUUUAAUCGGCAGAGUUAUCUCCAAAAACACCAGCGCAUUCACACUGGAGAGAAACCAUAUCACUGCUCAGACUGUGGAGACAGUUUUAAUCAUCCAAGUUAUCUCCAAAAACACCAGCGCAUUCACACUGGAGAGAAACCGUAUCAGUGCCCAGAAUGUGGGAAGAGAUUUACUGCGCAUAAUAAUCUCAGAGAACACCAGCGCAUUCACACUGGAGAGAAACCAUAUUACUGCCCAGACUGUGGGAAAAAUUUUAAAUUCCUGAGUGCUCUCAAAUGCCACCAGCUCCUUCACACAGGAGAGAAACCAUAUCAGUGUUUAGAAUGUGGGAGGAGUUUUACUAGUCAGGGUCAUUUCCAAUACCACCAGCGCGUUCACACUGGAGAGAAGCCGUUUCAAUGCUCAGAGUGUGGCAAGAGUUUUACUGCUCAGAUGAGUCUCCAGCGGCACCAGCUCAUUCACACUGGAGAGAAACCGUAUCAAUGCACAGAAUGUGGUAGGAGUUUUUUUCGUCAGAGUCAACUCCAAUACCACCAGCGCGUUCACACUGGAGAGAAGCCGUUUCAAUGCUCAGACUGCGGCAAGAGUUUUACUGCACAGGAAAUUCUCCAGCGGCACCAGCGCAUUCACACUGGAGAGAAACCAUAUCACUGCACAGAAUGUGGGAAGAGUUUUAGGCAACAGAAUAGUUUCAAACAACACCAGCGCAUUCACACUGGAGAGAAACCAUAUCACUGCUCAGAGUGUGCAGUGAGCUUCAGGCAUUUAUCAACACUCAAAAAACACAAGUGCACAAAGAGCAGUCAUGAUAAUGGGCAGUGACACCUAAAACCAUUCCAGAUCCCAACCCUGGCUUAAAACAAUUUCUGAAGCAUGUUCAUAAACAAUGUAUAGUUAUAGAUACUAAGUGUUAUGUCCAGUUUUCAGGCAAUACACUAUAUAUAUAUAUAUCCUUGCAAGCCAGAGAUCCUGAAGUAGAUGAGCUCCAGUCUGUCUGUAGAGCACAAAACACACACAUGUAUAUACGUAUGUAUAUAUUAACGUCAAAGCGUUAGUAAUGCGAUUAAUUUGGAAUCAGUUAUGCGUUAUCUUUUUUUUUUUAGUUAAUCACACCACCAGUUUUGACCCAAACUUCCUCAGUAAUCUGCCCCGCCUAACACACAGAUUUAUGUUUCUGGCUAAAUGACUGAAAAGCUUCAACACAACCCCCCGGGGUGCACUGUACAGUUGUAACACGCCAGAGUCGUUCUCUGUUCAGACUGCUGGGCUUUUCACAUGAACUGAACCAAUUUUACACGCUUUAACUUCACUAUGGAAAGUGAAUAAAAAUACUGCAGAUUUUCUGCCGUCUUCUAUACAAAUGUUGUUAUAUUAAUACAUUUUUUAUUUUAUAUGUGAUUACAUAUUUGAGUUCCUGUGUUUUCAUGAGUUUGGGAAAUCUGUGUAUUUCUAUUUUUUUUUCCCUGUCUAUGGAGUAUGUACAGUCCCACUGACUCACAGACUGACUGACCUGACUCAGAACCUGCACUUGGACAGAAGUGGCUGUAGAACUCUGCCAGAGGUUUAACGGGUCAAGUGUAGUCAAGUAUAUUUAACUGUUUUCUAUGGAUUCUGUACUAACCUGUAUGUCAGAUUCUAUCUGUUCUGGGUGUUUUGAUUUGCAUAGGGCUUAGUAUAAUUAUUAUGUUUCAUAGUAAUUUGUAUUAAGGUGUUGAAAUUCAUAUGCAUGUUGUAUUUCUUGUCGUUUUAUUAAACUUUAAAUAAACCAUUAAAAGUGGGGAACUGGG